UUCCACCCCACCCGACCGACCACGCCGUCACCGCCACCCGACGCCCAAACCCUACUCCCUCGCACCCAUCUCCUCCUCCCUCACCCUCUCCGGCGGCGGCGGCAGCAGCUCCGGCUCACGACAGCGAAGGAACGACAAGAUGGCGACGAUCGUGAACACGACGGAGGAGGAGCCCAUGCUGGCGGUGGUGCGCUUCACCGCCGAGCUCGCCUGGGCCGACGCGGGCCCGGAGGUCGCCGACCCCGAGGUCACCCGCCUCUGCCUCGAGGCGCAGGAGCACAUCCUCGCGGGGCGCUGGCUCGACAUGGCCUCCCUCAUGCUCGCUUCCGCCGACCUCCUCCUCACCUCCCCGUCGCGCGUCCCGGACAAAGAUCUCGAGUGCAUCCUCUCCGUCAUCUGCAGCCUCGUCACCAAGGCUGGAUCUGAGGACCAGGCGCUGCAGAUCACCGACCUCAUCUGCGCCAAGCUCACCCAGCAGCCCGAAGACAAGCCAGCGCUGCGCCUCAAAGUUCUGUUCAGCUUGUACAAUCUGCUCCCGAGCCCCUACGGCAAGGCAUUUGUUUACAAGAAGGCUCUCGAGCUGGCCACUGCUGGGAAGGCUGCCGAGUGCAUCAUCCCAUCAUUCAAGAACAUCGACAGCUUUGUCAGUGAGUGGGGAAUUGGAAAUUUAGAACAGAGGGAGCUGUACCGUGCCAUCACCAGGAUCCUCAAAGACCAUAAGGGCAUGACCAAGGAGUACUUCAACUUCCUCAACAAGUACCUCACCACUUUCAAGGGAUCAGAUGAUGACUCUGCUACAAUUGACGAUGCCAAGGAAGAGGCUGUUGCGGCAAUUGUCGAGUUUGUCAAAUCAUCUACUCUCUUCCAGUGUGAUCUACUCAAUAUGCCAGCUGUUGCACAGCUUGAGAAGGAUGAAAAGUAUCAGUUGGUUUAUGAACUUCUAAAGAUAUUCCUUACCAAGAGGCUCGAUUCCUAUUUAGAGUUUCAGGCUGCAAACUCUGCCUUGCUGAAAGAUUAUGGACUGGUUCAUGAGGAGUGCAUAACCAAAAUGCGCCUCAUGUCUUUGCUCGAUCUGAGCAGCCGUUGCUCUGGCGAAAUCCCUUAUUCAGCAAUCAUUGAAGCACUUCAGAUCAAUGAUGAUGAGGUGGAGCAAUGGAUUGUGAAAGCAAUCGCGUUCAAGAUAUUGGAUUGCAGGGUCGAUCAGCUUAACCAGACUGUCAUCGUCAGUCGGCAUACUGAGAGGAUAUUUGGGCUGCCACAGUGGCAGGGUCUGCGCACAAAACUAGGAGCCUGGAGGGGAAACAUUGCCAGUGCUAUCAACACAAUCCAAGCUAACAAAGUCACUGACGAAGGGACACAAGGGAUGCAAGGCUUGAUGAUCCGCUGAUUGAGGGCAAGUCUGAGAAUUGAGUUUAUAGCUGGAGGGAUUAGAUGAGGAAUUUUGUAUUAAGACAACUUGUAAUAUGAGUUAGACCAGUGAUGAUUCUGGAUAAAUUUGGUUGCCAAUGCAUGCUCCACAGCACCAUUGUUCCAUGUAUUGUGUCAGCACAGCUGUGCAAGUCAGUUGUUACACAUACCAAUUUUUUUGACUUGCCCAUAAAAAAAGACGUGCUUUUAUUGAACUUAUGAAGUAACAUGCAGAAGAUUUUUACUUUUGUUAA